GAUGCAUCGGACUAUUCAUAUCGGCAUCGCCAUCGGGAGAUGCGAUGGGGCAGAUAUAACCCUGGCGUCUUAAGGCUCCCCCAGACUUUUGCUUCGUUUUACCUGCUUGGCUUCACGCAGGUGUUGUUUCGAACGCACAAGCUUGCGGCGUCUGUCACUCAUUUUUGGAACUACUAACUGCCGUGUAGGCUAGUCAUUCAUUUACUGUAUUUUGUGUUUCACGUUUUAUCCCCAUCACUCUCGUUCAACAACCUUACAGGGAUUCUGUGCACCACAGCACAAGCCGUCAUGAAGUGUCUUGUGCCUACUGCAGCCCUAUUUGGGGCUGCACUCGCAGCAUUCGACCAGCCCCUUGGCCCAACCAUCACCCCGGAGGGACCGAAAGCUAACUCCACAUACGACUAUGUCGUCGUCGGCUCGGGACCUGGUGGUGCACCACUCGCUGCUCGGCUGGCCUUGGCCAACUACAGCGUGCUGCUGAUCGACGCCGGCGAGGACCACGGGACUGAUCCUCAGAUAGAGGUGCCAGCCUUGCAUGUCUUGUCAUCAGAGUACAAGCCGAUUGCCUGGGACUACUUUGUCAACCACUAUUCCGACCCCGUCCAGGCCCGCAAGGACAGCAAGUUCACCUACCGGAAGCCCGAUGGCGACUUCUACGUCGGCCUGGACCCGCCGGAGGGCGCUGAGCCACUUGGUAUCCUGUACCCUCGUGUCGGAGCCCUAGGUGGUUGCUCCCAGCACAACGCCCUAGUUACCAUCCUGCCACAGGACAAUGACUGGGAGUAUAUCGCUCAGAUCACGGGUGACGAUACCUGGGGCGCCGAUAACAUGCGCGAGUACUACAAGAAGCUGGAGAAAUGCCACUACUUACCGGGAGGUCUUGAUAGCCAGUCCCAUGGUUACGAUGGGUGGCUGGAGACGCAGACCACUCCCGCGAUCCUGAUUGCCGAGGAUCCCAAGGUCCUCUCCCUCGUUCUCGCAGCCGCCACCACCAUGGGCAAGAGCCUGGUCGACAAGAUCCUCCACACUGUGACCGGCCUGCUCGAGAUCCUGGUCCUGGAUGUCAAUACGGAUUUGUCUACUCGGGACAAGUUCGAUGACAUCUACCAGAUCCCGCUCUCCAUGAAGGAGCCCGACCUGUCCCGGUCCUCUCCCCGCGACUUCGUCUAUGACAUUGCCACCGCCACCAACGAGGAUGGCUCCAAGAAGUACAAGCUCGAUCUCGCCCUCAACACCCUCGUCACGAAAGUCAACUUCGACCAGAGCGGCGAGAAGCCCAGGGCCACUGGUGUGGAGUACCUGUACGGCAAGAGCAUCUACCGCGCCGACCAGCGCGCAAGCAAGACAGAAGACGGCGGUAUCCCCGGCCAGGUCUUCGCCAGCAAGGAGGUCAUCGUCGCGGCGGGUGCGUUCAACACCCCCCAGCUCCUGAAGCUCAGCGGCGUGGGCCCCAAGUCUGAACUCGAAUCCUUCGACAUCCCCGUGGUCAAGGACCUCCCCGGCGUGGGCGGCAACAUGCAGGACCGGUACGAGAUCGGCAUCGUGGGCAAGGCACCCACCGAGUUCUCCCUGCUCAAGAAGUGCACCUUCCUCGAUAUCAACGGCACCGAGGGCGGCGACCCCUGCUACGACCAGUGGCGGGACGGCCUGGGCGGCGGUCUGAAGGGCGGCUACACCACCAACGGCAUCGCCUUUGGCUACUUCAAGCACUCGUCCGUCGCCGAGAACGGCGACCCCGACCUGUUCCUCGGCGGUGUCCCCGCCGCCUUCCCCGGAUACUACCCCGGCUACGCGGCCGACGCCGUCUCGGACCUCAGCAUCUGGACCUGGCUGACGCUCAAGGGCCACAGCCGCAACAACGCCGGGGUGGUGAACCUGACGAGCGCCAACCCGCGCGACACCCCCAACAUCACCUUCCACAGCCUGUUCGAGGGUGUCGGCGGCGAGAAAGACCUCCAGGCCGUGUACGAGGGCAUGCAGUACGGCAUCCAGGCCUUCGAGAACCUUGUUCCCCUCGACGGCUCUUUUGAGCGUAUCCGCCCUCCCCCGGAGAUCUCGUCCGAGGAGGACCUCAAGACGUGGGCUAAGGACGAGGCCUGGGGCCACCACGCCAGCUGCACCGCCCCCAUUGGCGCCGAUGACGACCCGAACGCUGUUCUGGAUGGUAACUUCAGCGUCCGUGGCGUUGAUGGCCUGCGCGUCGUGGAUGCCUCUAUCUUCCCCAAGAUUCCGGGCUUCUACAUCGUGCUGGCUAUCUACAUGGCUAGCGAGAAGGCUGCGGAUGUCAUCAUUGCGGAUGCCCUAGCCGCUGCUGCUUGAUCUACAUAAAAAUGUGGAUAUGCCAGGAGGCAUGACUCAAGCUCACCUACUUAAUUACGUUGAUUCAUUAUAGACUUAAUCAUAAUUAUUCACAGCGUUUGCUGUUCAA